AUGGCUAUAAAUGAAAAAGACACACAGACAAAAGAAAUACUACACAAGAAACAACAUAAAAAACUAAUGACUAAGCAACACGAACAUCAUCAAAUACUGGGGGUUAUCUCAGGUGGUCCAGAAGGUGACAUGGAAACAGCAGGAUUUGGAUGGACGGUUUUCCAAAGGAGACUUAACGGCACUGUAAAUUUUCUUAGAGGAUGGUCUGAUUACGAGAAUGGAUUUGGGAAUUUAAAAUCAGUUUUUUGGCUAGGAAAUGAGUUUAUCCAUCUUCUUACUUCUACUGCAAGAUACAAGCUUUACGAUUUUGAUGGGAAUUCACGAUACGCAGAGUACAGCGAAUUCAGUAUCGGAGAUGCUGUCAACAAUUAUGUUUUGAAUAUCGAAGGUUAUAGCGGAAAUGCAGGAAAUAGCCUUUCCGAUCUUGGAGACUACAACCAUAACGGUAUGAUGUUUUCCACCAUUGACAGAGAUAACGACAGAAUUCUAGGCAACUGUGCAUAUAAGUAUAAGGGAGCAUGGUGGUACAACUCAUGUCAUAGGGCUAAUUUGAAUGGAGAAUAUUUAGGAGGAUAUUACUCCAUUGCAUUCGUAGGCGACGGGAUCAACUGGUGGACAUGGAAAGGAUAUCAAUAUUCGCUGAAGUCAACUAAACUAAUGAUUAAACGACAUUAA